AUGUGGAACCCACAAACAACAAUCUCAUCGUCAGUCAAUCAGAAGGUCACAGGUGCAAAAUCACCAGCAACUGCAUCUAAUGUUAUUAGGAGAUUCUAUGAUCGACUAAACAGCCAUGAUCUGAUUGCUGUUGAAGAGAUCAUUGCUGAGAAUUGUGUCUACGAGGACCUUAUCUUUCCUCAUCCCUGCGUUGGUCACAAGGAAGUAAUAGAGUUCUUCCAACAGUUCUUUGAUUCUACUAGCACAGACCUUCAUUUUGUCAUUGAUGAUAUAUCUGGUGAGGAUUCCCAAGCAGUUGGAGUUAUAUGGCAUAUAGAAUGGAAGGGCAAGCCUAUGCCAUGUAGCAAAGGAUGCAGUUUUUAUCGGCUAGAGACUGUGAACGACAAGAGACAAAUAAUUUAUGGACGAGACAGCGUUGAGUCUGCAAUCAAGCCGGGGAAGGCAGCUUUGGUUUUAAUCAGGAGUGUAAUUUGGCUGCUGCAAAAGUUUGAUCAACUGACAAACCAGCUAUAA